AUGGCAUCGCCCCCUUCAACCACCGAACGCCUGGUGGAACAGCUCUGUAGAGAUAUGCCACGGAACAACGAACCACGAACUGGGAAAAGGUCCGAAGUUCAUGGUUCAAUGUUCCAUGGAAUGCUACGAACCAUGAAUAAUAUGGUUCAGGCAAUACCCAAAAACAGUUUCACAAAAAGAUAUGUUCAUGUUAGAGUUCUGAACUGGCUGAGAUGCACUACUGAAAUGGCUAACACAACAAAUUCACUGGAUUAUGUUUGGUCGUACGAAUAUUACAUGGGCUAUCUCGAUUUACCCUCAGUUGAUGCAACAAAGCUGAAGGCGCACAGAUAUUCAAUUGUUAUAGCCUUUUGGAUUGGACUUGCUGCUUUUGUGGCAUUUCUCUUCUUUAUUUUGUUCUGCAUCUCUCAGACUGGUUAUACAUCAAUAAAGAAUGGAAGACCACACAAAACAUUUCCAUGGAAUUAUUCAAAAAAUAAACAUCAAGAUGUGGUUACUAACCAUGCUGGACGAACCCUUACAGAAAACCAAGUGGAAGAAACAGAAGAUUCAAGUUUAAGUCGUGUACAGAAAUAG